UACAUCUUUAUAAAAGCAACGAAGAAUCAUUCACAUACUGAAUGAUCCUGAUGCUAUAACAUACUUACAGUCAUAUCGUAUAACGAUGCAUAAAUCUUCAUACUCUCGUGCAUAUAAUUUCCCUGAUUCAUACGUGAUUCGUCAGCGAAUUUAUUUCCGAAUUCCUGUACGAUCAUAAAACGUCGCGGGUUUUUUUCAAUUAAACUUCUCGAACUACGCAUGCUUAUCACUCAUCGCUACGAAUAGCACGCAUGCGUUCGCAAUUAAAUUGAUAUUCGCGGGUAUACGCGAAUAAACUCUAAUCCGCAUAAUUGUUAGAUUACUUUACUAAUGAUCUGAGUGUCCAGACUGGUCUAGCCGCGUUUUACGUGUUCUUUCUUCAAAAAACGUUUCCAAGCCUUAUCGCUACUUCGUUAUCUCAUCUUAUCAAGUGUAUACACAUGAUUCGCAAAUUAAUUGAUCGAUAAGACUCUACCGUACGUGUGAGAAUUUGUAGCUUUUGGGAUAUAGAACAAAGGAUGUACGAUAGCAAUUGUUUCCAUAAUGAUUUGUCAAACAUUCCACUUAUUUUAACGAAAUUCGAUGUAAAUUUCGUUUCGUGUAAAAAUGAAUUGAUCAAACGAGAAAUUGUGAGCUGUCAGGAGAUAACAUUUGCUCGGUACAAUACCCAUUGUGCUCAGUGAUUUAUGCGUGAGGCAAUAUCAGAGGAAACAAUGACGUGUCGUUAUGUAACUUUAUCAAAUAACACGAUUUGUUAUCGUCUUUGCAUCGCUUUAAACUUAAUGCCUCUGCGGCGGGUGAGAAGUGAGGUUACUUGCUUACGUGUCAUAGCAUAAGAUAUAAGAAUAAUAAUGUAAAUAAAAAAAUAACAGAGCAGUGCACUGAGACAAUGGCAAAGCAAUCGUGGAAUGUAUUGGUGACGGGUGGUGCAGGGUACAUAGGUUCUCACACAGUGUUCGAACUGCUGCAAGCAGAUUUUGGGGUGGUAGUAGUAGACGACCUUAGUAAUGCUUAUCGAGCAGAUAAUGAGACGAAACCAGAAAGUCUAUUGAGAAUAGAGAAAUUGACAAACAAAAAGGUGCCAUUCUAUUCCUGUGAUAUAAAUAAUUACAGUGACCUCAAAGAUGUAUUUAAGAAGAAUAAAUUUGACUCUGUCAUACACUUCGCUGCUUUGAAAGCUGUGGGAGAAUCGUGUGAAAAGCCUUUAGAGUAUUACAAGACGAAUGUCUGCGGGACGUUGAAUUUAUUAAAAGUCAUGAGAGAGUUUAAUGUGAAAUGUUGCGUCUAUUCGAGCAGUGCCACGGUUUAUGGCACUCCGGAAAAAUUACCAUUAGUCGAGAAUAUGAAAACUGGUGACUGCGCCAAUCCUUACGGGAAAACGAAGUACAUGGUCGAAGAAAUUUUGAAAGAUCUCUGUGCCGCAGACAAGACAUGGUCUGUCAUAUCUUUAAGAUAUUUUAAUCCAGUUGGGGCUCAUCCCUCAGGACAAAUCGGAGAAGAUCCUACGGGAAUACCAAAUAAUUUAAUGCCGUACAUCGCUCAGGUAGCAGUGAACAAAAGGGAUGUUUUGUACGUUUACGGGAACGAUUACGAUACUCCCGAUGGAACAGGCGUGCGCGAUUACAUUCACAUCAUGGAUCUAGCCGCGGGCCACAUAAAAGCAAUGAUCUAUCAGAAAGAUCGUAGCCGUGUUGGAUUUAAGGCGAUCAACUUGGGUACCGGCAGAGGCUAUUCCGUGCUCGAGGUUAUAAAAGCAUUUGAGAAAGCGUCGGGGCGAAAGAUAUCAUAUAAAAUAGUCGAGCGAAGAGCUGGAGACGUGGCUACCAGCUACGCAGAUCCUAGUUUAGCUAAGAAAGAACUGGGCUGGCAAGCUACUAAGAACAUCGACGACAUGUGUAUAGACGCGUGGAGGUGGCAGCGGAACAAUCCGAACGGUUAUAUGUCUAAGAACUAGCAUUUGUUACGCGAAACUUAAGUAUUCUAAAGGGAACAUUUCACUUAUGCAUUUAAUCAGUUUAAACGUAAGCCAUGGUGGUGUCUGGUUACCAAAGUUUAAACCAAAGACCAACGCAACGAUUUAUAUAUAUAUAUAUAUAUGUAUAUAUAUAUUCCAAGUUGAUUUUAACAAGACUUUUACAUUCAAUAAUCAUUGUUUACUCUUUUAUAUGAAACAAUGUACCACGUAUGAAUGUUCUAUCGUGCCAUAGAAUACGUUCCUACGAUUAUAGAAAUGAUUAUUAAUAAAGCAAAUACUACAAUAAUAAAGUAAAAGAUUAAUCACAA